GUAAUUUCAGUAGUCAGUCAUUAACUCAAACAGACUUUACGCCUGUUGGGCAGAGGAAAAAGAGCCGUCGUUCAUUUGCUCACAUUUAUUUUUUAAAAGACCCAAAAAUGAUUGAAUCUGAAGAUAAUGAGAUUUCUUUCAUAGUAAAAUUCCUUGGUCGCAUUGAGGUUCGCCGUCCAGAUGGAAUGCAGAUUUUGAAUGAGGCUGCAGGGGUCUUGCUGAAUCCUGACAAAAAUGACAAAGAAACUGCAAAGAAGAGCAAAGCUUACCUUUUCUUAUCAGUGAGCGGAAUUGACAUCCUAGAGUACAAAACAAAGUUUAUGAUGCACUCAUGUCGUGUGGAGUCAGUCUCUUUCUGUGCAGUCCACCAGACCAUGCCCAAACUGUUUGGCUUUAUAGCCAAAAAUCCAGCCUCAGACAUGUACCACUGCUAUAUGUUCCAAUGCAAGAAGUUUUCACACCUGGUGGUCUCGCUCAUUGGUGACACGUUCAAAGCCUGCUCUAAACAGGAAAAGGUCAGGGGCAGUCGUGAUCUGGUGGUAGAGGCCCUGCGACUUCGGAUCAAAGCACUUCAGAGAGAGAAUGAAUUGCUGAAAAGAAGACUUCGAGAAGCGGGAGGCAGUUCAGAGGGAACCAGAAAUUUAGAUGGUGACAGUGACGCUGAGUCUUCCUCCCAUUCCCAGUCAGACCUGUCAAAGGUGAGAUUUAACUCUGAUGGAGACAGAGUUCCUCUGAUUAGGAACCGCUGAAAGAGAUGCACUGAAAACCUCAACACUGAAAACAAGAAAGCUCUAGCCUCUAAAGAGUCACACCAUGGACUACCUACCUUCAUUUAUAACAAUAAAAAUCACAGUGGUUGCAAA